GGUUGCAAAAUUCUUGACGUCACACCUGAUCAGAAUUGAAGUGGCAAAAACAUACAAGGACUUGACAUUGAUAAUCUUCAAGACGCCUUUAGGGUUCUCAUCAGGCGGGGCUCGUAACGCCUGUGCUGACAAGAUGAAAGAACCCAGGAUGUCUCCUCCAUGUGUCCAUGCUGAGUCAAGGUCAAGUGAGCAUGAAGGUAUUGGGAGGUGUCUGAGGUUCAUGGCGCAGGACAUGGGAGUGUCAGACUUUUCCAAGAAGGUCCCACCAGGUGAGGAUGCGGCUCAUGUUUUACAGACGCUAGUUUUGCCCGCAUGAAGUCUUUGGGAAGGAGGUCGAUCACAGGAGUCUGCAUCUUUUGGCGUCAGUGUCUGUUGAAAGAUUUUUCGAAGACACAACAGGCAGUGACCUUGGUCGUUUUGCGUCUAGGCGCGAUCCAAUGUGGCGUGCAGAAGGCUGCAGGAAUGACCAGGACGUUGGGGUUGGUUUCCUUCACAUCAGCAUUCAAACGUUGCUUUCUGUGUCACUCGGAUCUCAAGUGUAACUUUGCAAUUUCGAACUGUUGUGAGAGCUUUGGGAAGCAAAGCUCAUGGAAGGUCAAAUGUUCAGAAGUCUUUGUGUUUUUGUGGAGGUUUUGUGCAUGUUUGAGUGCGGGAAGCUUGACACUUUUGCGUGUCUUGCAUGGGGAUUGCUUGGAACAGGAAUACCUUGCAGGCUUUUGGGGACUUGACGCUGGCUCAGGUUCUUUGUUUAGAACGUUUGUAAUGGACUCACUCAAAGAAGCAGGUUUUGGGUGGAGAGACAGCAAACCACUCAAAACAAUAUGCUUGGACCCAGCGUUUCUCGUUUUGAAUAGGUUUCGUCAAAAAAAAAUCACAAAUGUGCAGUUGUAUGAAAAUCGUCAUUUUCCACAAAAAAACUGCUACUUAGUCUUGCACCGCCCUUUGGUCUUUUUCAAAUUUUUUAACUUUGGCCGCAUUCUUUUUUCUUUCGCUGCUGCAUCGGAAUUGUCCAUGACAAGCACUUUACCUCACGGACUUCCGAAAUUCGUUGAAACUUCUUUCGAUUGGGGCGAGUGCGGCGCCAACUCGAAUGACGAUCAAUCACCCAUGAAAAAUGCUCACGUGAUCCCGGUUGAGACUCCCUCUGUGGAGUCAGGGAACUUGGGUGCUGAAAAUGACACUCUUAUGAUGACAAUUUCUCUCAGUAGAACGGAAUUUCUUGGGGGUCCUGAUUCCAAGACAAGCAGCGUUUCAGCCAGCAUUGUCCGUGAGCCCGAUGUACUAGAGCUGGGAGGUCAGAUUAUGUAGUGAGAUUGUAACUGUCCGUGAGCUUCUCCAUGGUCACAUGAGGGUUGUGAUUUUAUAAGCUCCUUGAUGCUCGAUGCGGUGGAUGUUGAAGAAACUGAUGAUCUUUGGAUGGGUGCAGACAAGGUCUGAUCGACACUGUUUUUGGAAGUGGCAAGGAUUUCCAUGUCGAAAAGUCGCUUGGGCGCUUGGUUGGCCAAUUCAAGUUUUGAGGACAACUUGAGAGAAGGUCAACAUGGGAAUGCCAAAGGUGACAUUCGAGCCAGAGGGGGCCGAUCGCCUUCUUUGUGCAUGUGAGGGUUCGGCUCGGUUGAUGCCUUUUUUGAACAAGAGCGAAUGUGCCACGACAAGGCGUCAAGAC